UGUAAUGCCAAAUUGCCAACAAGGUAGGGACCUCAACCUUUCUUCUUCCUAUAUAAACACCUUCUUUCUUCAACCUUCCUCCCCCCUUCAAUUCUUCUCUUCAUCUUCCUAAAUUUGAUUUAUUCUUCUUCAGGUUUGAAGCCAUGCAGCCUAGUGAUGUUUCAGGUCUCCAUUAUCUUCUUUCUUCAAACCUCUCUCCGUAUUCACCUCAUUUUACCAUGCCUAAUCAGAAUUACAACACACCCACUUGCCAGUUCAACAAUUUCUUGAAUCCGCUGUUAAAUUUUCAUUUCUCUCCUCAAAUCCAGGAAUUCAGCACCCAGCAGUCUUCUUCUUUCAGCAACAACUCAACUUCUGAUGAAGCCGACGAGCAACAACUGAGUCUCAUCAAGGAGAGGAAGCAGCGGCGGAUGAUAUCAAAUAGAGAGUCUGCAAGACGAUCACGCAUGCGCAAACAGAAACACCUGGACGAGCUGUGGGCGCAGGUCGUCUGGCUCAGGAACGAGAAGCAUCAGCUGCUCGACAAGCUGAACCGUAUUUCUCAGAACCAUGACCGGGUCCUGAAAGAAAACGCGCAGCUCAAAGAGGAAGCCAUACAGCUUCAGCAACUUCUCACCGCCAUGCAACUUAAAAGCCCUUUCUCCAGCUUGACAGAUUUGGAAGACAUUCAGUGCAACACAGCUUUGCUAAACUAAGAUAGAGUUCAUGGCGAUGAUAACAUUUUUGUCUUUUACCUUUUUUUUUUUUUUUUCUGGGUUCCCCUCUUGAAGCUUGUAUGAGAUGAUGAUGAAGAUGAUAUAAAUAUGGCAAUAAAAUUAACAAUUUCUCUCA